UUUGCAAGUUCGUGCAUCAAUUAAUCCACACAAAUUAACAAAACAAAAUGGAGAAGAGUCUCUGUGAAGCAGCUAAGGCAGGAAACGUGAAUUUGUUGCUUGAGUUACUUCAACAGGAUGCAUUGCUUCUUGACAGAUUCAUCGCUGGUCGCUACACUGAAACACCUCUGCACAUAGCUUCCAUGCUUGGACAUCUUGAAUUUGUUCAAGAAAUUCUCACCCGAAAGCCUGAGCUCGCCAAGGAACUUGAUUCCUCAAAGGCAUCCCCGUUUCACUUAGCGACGGCAAAAGGUUACCUAGAAAUAGUGAAGAGUUGUAAAGCGUCAUGUCAGCAUCCUAAGAGAUCUGGUUCAUGCCAGGCCCCGUGCUGCUCGAGCUCUAAUGGACGGGGUGACGCGAUUUUGCAUGCCUGUGUCAGACACAACCAGUUGGAAGCUAUGAAGUUCUUGGUUGAAGCUAUAAGCUACCCUUAUUUCAUGAAUUAUCAGAAUUAUGAUGGCAAUACUGUCUUGCAUCUAGCAGUGGCUGAUCGACAACUUGAGGCUGUAAAUUUUCUGAUAGCUACUUCCCCAAUAGAAGUGAAUUUAACGAACGCAGAUGGCCUCACAGCUUUAGAUAUUUUGUCAGAAAAUGAAAGAGAUGUAAAAGAUAAGGAGAUUGCUGAGUCCCUUAGGAGUGCUGGUGCUAAUGCCAGCAUGGCUUUCCAAGCUGCCUUGACCCCUCCUGGUGGUGGUGGGCAAGGAAACUUCUCUGCCCCUGCCUCAACCCCAUUCCAGGCCAAACCCCCAGCCAUAUGUGACCCAUCUGUUGGGACAGCAUCUUCGAAUUUCUUAGCAUCAUCUUGUUGCUCACAAGCGGAUUACCGCUCAGGCAGAGGUUUGGAAAGUAGCAACUUUUCUAGUAUUGCUGCUUGUUUGGAUCGGGUUGAUGCUGCUGCUGCUUCUUCUGGGGCAUACUAUUCGACUAAUAGUUAUGAUGAUUAGAUACCUUGCAAAUUUCAUCAAUCGUAAACGUGGCCUCUUGAUGAGCUCAAUGGUAUGAACGAUGUAAUAGAUUGAUUUGAUUGUAAUAAUGGUGGUUCCAAAUGUUUAUUGGCUUGGCAUUUCAAAUUUCCCCUGUUUUUGUAAGGCAGAUCCCAAUCACUCCUCUCUAAAGGGAAUUCUUUUUCUUUUCUUUGAACCUCAGUGCAAGGUCUAGUAUAAAUAUUAAAAAAGAAAGUGUUAUGUGAUUU